UGUAGAAUCGUGCGUCGUUGUCACAUUACUAGUAUGAUGUUGACGAGUUUUCCUUUGUCUGCAACUGUAACAGUCAGUACCACCGCAUAGACUUCGACGACAUAGAUCUGUCUUAACACUUUCUUCGGCUCCACCGCUUAAGAUAGGGCAGGCGCAGCAGCUCCUUUCUGUUUCGACACUACUUUCGAUUUCGUCAGGAUCGCAUGGGAGAGGGAGCCAGCAAGCCUGAACCCUCGUCCCACGUCGAGGACUUUAUUCGGUAACAUGCUAGCAAUAGACACGACACAAUUUCCACAAGGCACUGAGGAGAAGUUUGAAAUCUUGGUCACAAAAUGUCUGCGGCAGUCCGCUUUCGAAGUUCUUCCCGAAGAAGAGCUGCGGUACGUGGCGGCAGCGCUACGCGACAACUUUCUCGCCCAUCUGGACUUGUUCCAAUGGGCUCAGUUCCUCUACGCACGCCUUCUCGAAGGGCACGCGCUCGGAGAAGACGGGUUGCGGAGCUUGCUUGCCCAGAAACUGAUCGAGGAUUAUGGCGACGAUGAAAACUACUAUGGAUCUACGCUGAACUGUAACCGCGAGGCACCAGGCGGGUACCACAAUUCCACCAACUCCGCGAGGACUGACGGCUUGUCAGAGGCUGAUGGAGUCCACCCCGAAGCGGAUCCUUUCACCGGAGCCGUUUUGGACGAGCUCGAACCCGUCGUCGAAGAGAUGCUCAGGCGUGGCAUCUUCUACGAGAAGCCCUCCUGUCCUUUCGAGGUUUCCGGGGUUCGCGUCCUCGCUCUUUUGACCGAAGACGACAGCUACCAUCCUGCUGUGGUGGUGCGCGAGGUGCAUGACGUAUUUUUCGCUAGUACGAAGUUGUGCGGUGAGGUCGAGGAGCACCGCGCUAGCGGAGUAGAAGAUGCACAGGAGCUCAACAGGCAAAUGAAUAACGUCCCGCCUACAACGGUGGAGGAGCUUGCAGCUGAACAAGAAAGGCCCGGCAGCAGGGGUGGCAACAAGGCCAAGGCCUCCAAACCCAAACCGAAGAAGUCCUUGGGCGGCGGGGGAGCAAAAAGUAAAAAGAAAACGCAGGAGACGGCGACUCGAUUCUUUGAGGUGAGAUUUCUCGAAUACGGGAAGACACAGCUCGUGAAGGAGGAAAAUCUGAUUCUUGAUGAUGACACCCAAUGCCAGAAAGACGAGGGAGAGGAGGAAUUCGGCGAGGGCGAGUGCGAGCUCUGUCGCCACCUGAGUUCGCGCAUCACGUUUCACCACCUGAUCCCGAAGUCUACCCAUCGGCGCUGGCUCCGGCGAAAAAAGUGGCCGCCCAACAUCGACUCCGUGCUUUUGGAGCGCCACUUGUGUCGGGGGCUGGGUCUACUGCAACCAACAAAAUCCACCGAGACGAGUGCUAGUGGGGGGUCAGCGGCCACGUCACAAAGUACUCCUGAAGCUUCUGUUGUGCAGAAGAAUGGAAAGCAGAAGAAAACCGGGAUCAACAAGAAUAGCAGUGCCAAUGCGAGUGGGAGCGCAUCUUCUGCGCAAGUGCCAGCACCCACGCGGGCGUUGUUAAACUGCUACGGAGCAAUGUUGUGCCCCAAAUGUCACAUGCAGGUACACCGGACUGCAAGCAAUGAUAUUCUAGCAGUGGAAUUCAACAGUGUUGCCGCUCUGCUGAGGGACUUACGAAUGCAAACCUGGCUUAGCUGGAAGGCAAAGUGA